GAUGACCUCUCAGCUAGUCCUCAGCUGUUUACUCCCAUGAGCCCUUAUGAUGUAGACCUUCCAAUUCAAACAACUGAAGAUGUGUUGUUCGGUUCUCAAUUUAAUCAGCCCAAAGAGCUUCCAACAGACUUCUCCUCUGUGGAUCUCAGCUUUCUUCCAGAUAUCACUCAAGACAACAAAGAACAAAAUCUCUCUGAAGAUGGUCAUGAAAUGCAAAAAGAGCCUGAUGGGUCAACAUCAAGAAAUGAGGACAGCAGUACCCUGAUGGAUGAAAGCGGCUUGUCGUAUCCAGAUGCCACCCAACCAUCUCCUGAAGCAUCUGGAGCGUGUCCUCCUCUGACACCAAUGACUCCUAUGACCCCAGUGACACCUGCAUCAGAAAGCUCUGGCAUAGUUCCACAGUUACAGAAUAUAGUGUCAACUGUAAACUUGGCUUGUAAACUAGAUCUGAAGAACAUAGCUCUGCAUGCCAGAAAUGCAGAGUACAACCCAAAGAGGUUUGCUGCUGUGAUCAUGAGAAUCAGGGAACCACGAACAACUGCCCUCAUCUUCAGUUCAGGAAAAAUGGUCUGCACAGGAGCAAAAAGCGAAGAGCAAUCGCGGCUUGCAGCCAGGAAGUAUGCGCGUGUGGUGCAGAAGCUUGGGUUCCCUGCCAAGUUCCUGGACUUCAAGAUACAGAAUAUGGUUGGGAGUUGUGAUGUGAGGUUCCCCAUCAGGCUGGAAGGCUUGGUUCUCACUCACCAGCAGUUCAGCAGCUAUGAACCUGAGCUAUUUCCUGGCCUUAUUUAUAGGAUGGUCAAACCAAGGAUAGUGUUGCUUAUCUUUGUGUCAGGAAAAGUUGUACUGACUGGAGCAAAAGAGCGUUCUGAAAUCUAUGAGGCAUUUGAGAACAUCUAUCCCAUUCUAAAAGGUUUCAAGAAAGCAUCAUAA